UAACACGCCUGUGAUUCUUACUCGUGAUUUAUGUGCAUGAUUCACAAAAGCCCAUCGGGGCCUUGUUCUGUUCUUCUCUCUGCAAUCGCGCCUCAUUCUUUUUGUCUUUCGACGUGUCAAAACUUGUGGCACACUCGUUCGUAAUCUGCCAAGCUUGGUCAUACACGGACCCUUCCAGACGUUUCCUCGCCGCCGCCUUUUGUAUCUGUCAUCUUGACACGAGCACUUGCGACAACACCUCUGCCUACGGGUAACACCGCCAUUUUAACAUUUUUAAAUACGAAACACCUUCACCAUGGCGUCAUCAAACACACCAGAAGCUCAGGAUACUAGCUACGUCGAAAUGCACGACAAAAACGAAGCCGCGCUGAUCGGCAAGCACUGCGAAUAUGACUACUGCAACCAACUCGACUUUCUCCCUUUUUUCUGUCAAUCAUGCCGAAAGACAUUUUGUCUCGAUCACCGAAGCGAAGGGGCACAUAAAUGUACAAAUCCCGGUGCGUGGGCGGAGCGAAAGCGCCAGAGAGAGCUUGCGCAGCCAAGCAUUGGACAAGGAAAGAUUCUAAGGGACAAGGUGUCCCAAAAGCCUUGCGCAUCGCCUGAAUGCAAGACCACAAUCGGCACAUCUUUGACGCCUGGUGUACACUGUCAAACGUGCAACCGAGAUUACUGCCUGAAGCAUCGUCUAAAGGAGGACCACAAUUGCAGUAAUUUAGUACCCAUCGGGGCUCGGCCUAUGCAAUUCGAUGUUGGUCAGAAGACAAAGACGGCAUUCGACAAACUGCGCGCAUGGGGUACAGCAAAGAAAGAGCAAGCUGGCAGAGCUUUGCCCAAACCAAAGCCAAGCUCUGCCUCAGCACGUAUCAUUGCUGUAAACAACCUGAAGAAGACAGCCAAAGGCGACGACAAGACACCUGUUGAGAAGAGAGUGUAUAUCUAUGUGGAAGCCGAGGCAGAAACAGCAAAAGCCAAGUUUCCUAAGGGGGAGUUCUUCUACAACAAGGAUUGGGUUGUUGGCCGAGUUCUGGAUGCUGCAGCAAGGAGCCUGCAGGUACAAAACAUCAACAACCAAAGUUCAGACGAGAAGGACAAGCUUCGCGUCUUCCACGUUGAAGGAGGCAGAAUUUUGGAGUAUAACGAAAAGGUUGGAACGGCGUUGCAGAGUGGAAAUACUGUGGUUUUGUUGCGUGGCGUUGGACCAGCUACCCCAGACCUGAUUGAGGCCCCAAAAUGCGACAAUCUUAUUUAUGAUAUCAAGAUGCCUCCUUUAGUACCACGCAAACGCUUGCGUGAGUCGCCACCACCUGGAGAAGGCAGAGCAUCAAAAGCAGCCAAAGAGAAGCCCGAUUCAUCACGGCGCAAAGCAACACUGUACGAUGAUUUGGACGCAUCUGCGACACCUAACUCAAACUCGAUCCUCCAUGGAUUCGGAAAUGAUGAUGAUGAUGAAAGCUCUUUGACAUCGUUGUCAGAAGAUGAAUUCGAGGACGUUAUGCCACCAAAUCAACUGAAAGGCAAGGAAGAAGAUUCUGAGGAUGAUGAAGACAUUGAGUUUGAGGAUGUCCAAGCACCAGUUGCACCAUUACCAGACGCCCCGGUAACUUCCGGGGACUUGGAAUUGACACUUACAAGGGACACCAGAAUCUCACUCACAAACACAUUCGACAGAAAGGGACCCUCAAAACGUGAGAGGAAGGUCCGGCAUGCCACACACUGCGUUCACGUCAUGUUGCUUCUAUGGCACAAUGCUAUCCGAAAUGCAUGGCUUUGUGAUCCCGAAGUCCAGGCGACUAUGAUCUCUCAUCUUCCGCCAAGACUCUGGGAUGAGGUGGAUCGAUGGAGGCGCAACAGUGGUCUAGAAAAGAAGCCGACACCUAAGAAGCCAGCAAAGGAAAACGCAAAAUCGAAAGGUAAAGGCAAAAAGGUCCAGGAUCGAAAGUCGCGCGACUGGGGUGCAGAGGCUGAGAGAUUGGAAGAGGGGGCUGUUGAUAUGAGUCAUGGAGACCCCCUAUUUCGACUUAUGCAAACAUUGUCAGCUUGGUGGAAACAGCGUUUUCGAGUCACAGCGCCAGGGUUGAGGAAAUGGGGAUAUAUGUCCCUUGAGCGAUUAGACCGUCUUACGAAAGCGCAAAAAGUCGAACCUCAUGACCCAGAGCAAUUUGGUGAGAAGAUCUCAAACCUGGAGGAUUUCAGACAUCAUGCGCGAACAUGUGAAGGGAGUAGAGAUGUAGGCGCCCAGCUAUUUACAGCUUUGCUUCGUGGACUGGACCUCGAAGCACGAAUGGUCGCAAACUUGCCUUGUCUAGGCUUUGGAUGGAAUAAACUUGAGGAGGCCGAGCCAGAAAAGAGUGUAAGUGCGGAUCAGAUAAACGAGACACCCGAGAAGAAGGCGAAAACGGCGACAAAGAGCGCGGUUACGGCAAAGAAGAAGUCAACGAAGAAAACGAAAGAGCCCACGAGAAAUCCGACACGGAAAACACGACCCAAAACUGAGGUUGAAAGCGACCCAGAUGAUCUGGAGCUUGAGUAUAAGGACACUGAUGAUGAAUCUGUCGUUGAGAUGGAUGUCACGCUAAGGAAGACAUCGGCUAAGACACCGACCAAAAAAUAUGACGCCGACAUGGAGUUCCCACACUAUUGGACAGAAGUCAUAUCACCAGUCACUAACAAAUGCCUGCCCGUUGAUGCUAUCGUCAAAAACGUUGUUGGAACAAACCGAGAUCUCAUCGAAUCAUUGGAACCCCGUGGAGCCAAGGCCGACAAAGCACGUCAAAUCAUGGCAUACAUCGUGGCUUAUUCACGAGAUGGAACCGGCAAGGAUGUCACAGUCAGAUAUCUGAAACGGAAUAUGCUUCCUGGCCGUACCAAGGGAGUGAGGAUGACACCAGAGAAAGUCCCCGUCUACAACCGUCAUGGGAAGGUUAAGAGAUAUGACCAGUUUGACUGGUUCAAAACCGCAAUAUCUGGAUAUCUUAGAGGCAGCAAAGACCAGCCUGUAACCGAAGUCGAUGAGAUGGAAGAAGCAACAGAUCUGAAGCCUGCCAAGCCCGAAAAGAAGGAGAUCAAGGAGGGCCAGGAGACAUUACAAUACUACAAGCAGUCCAAGGAGUUUGUCCUCGAGCGGCACUUGAAGCGUGAAGAGGCACUCAGGCCUGGAGCCAAGGGUGUCAAAGUGUUCAAAAACAAGGGCAAAGGUGGCAAGGUCGAGGAUGAGGACGUGUUCCUUCGCAGCGAUGUUCUGAACGUCAAGAGUGCCGAGACCUGGCAUAAACAGGGACGUGCACCACUGGCAGGAGAGCAGCCAUUGAAGAGGGUACCCUACCGCGCAGCUACGAUAAAUCGCCGGCGAGAAAUCAUGGAAGCAGAAGCUGCCACAGGACAAAAGGUCCUGCAGGGGCUCUACAGCUGGGAGCAAACCGACUGGAUCAUUCCACCACCGAUCAAGGACGGCGUUAUCCCCAAGAACGAAUACGGGAAUAUCGAUUUGUUUGCUGAACAUAUGUGCCCUGAGGGUGCUGUGCAUGUACCCUUCCGAGGGGCUAUGCGUGUUUGUAAGAAGUUACAAAUCGACUAUGCGGAAGCCGUUGUGGACUUUGAAUUUGGUCACCGAAUGGCUGUGCCUGUUAUCCAGGGAGUUGUGAUUGCUGAAGAGAACCACGACAUGGUGAUGGUAGAGCUCGAGAAGGAUGAGGCAGAGCGCGCACGAAAAGAAGAUGAGAAACGACGAAAGAAGGCGUUAGCUCAAUGGCGUCGCUUCCUCAUGGGCAUGCGUAUUGCGGAACGAAUUCGACAAGAGUAUGGCGAAAUUACUGAUGAAAUAUCAGUGUUUGGACAUGCUAGAGACUCGGUCCAGACCAAGAAGCAACCACAGGUUGAGGAUGAAGAGAUGGCUGGCGGAUUUCUUCCAGAGGGGUAUGUGGAAGAAGAGGAGGAAGAGGAACCCCAGGCUCACCACACUUCGAGCUUCUUCCCUGCUGUUGAUGAGGACGACGACGGCGAUGAUGGGCUAGUGAUGGAGCACGAUGGCGCAGAUCAGCAAAGAGUAAUGAUGCAGAUGGAGGUUGACAGCAAACAAGAACCGAGCCCGGAAUCGCAGGUCGAAGCAGGGUCGGAGUCUGAACCGGAGCCUCGACCGGUGAACACAAAGUUUGAUGCAGGGCUGAAGCAUGAAGAGGAAGAGGAAGAGGAACCCAAACUGGAUCCGCAAUCCGAGGCGGAGUCUGAGCCGCCACAAACGAGUGCAAGGAUAAGGAGGCGAGGUCCAGCAAAUGUGGCCAAGGAAAAGCCUUCAGCUGGACGUGCAACGAGACGGUCAACACGGAGCGGGCGGAAAGUUGUCUCGUAUGAUGAAGAUGCAAUGGAAGAAGAAGAUGAGGUAGGAGAUUCAUAUGCUGAAUCUGAGGACGAUGAGUAGGACUGGCCCCUGAGCGGUUCGGCUCACUGUGUUAUGUGAGAGUAAUGUGAUGGUACGAAUAAUGAUAAUUAAUGCAUGUCAGUUGUCAGUUUGCAGGGACGGGAAGUAUCCGAUUGCGAGGUUUAUAGGCUCUCGAAAUGAGUAUUAACUCUUGGGCCGACAAACCACGGAUCUGUGCAUUGGCGGUUUGAUGGGAUAUGAAUUUUGUGUAACUAGAAACUGAAAUGUUUCAACUACCUAGGAGAGCUUGAGGUGGCAAGUUUAUAGAGCGAGAGGACAGACAGUUGAAUAGUUCUUGGCGAAUCGAUCUUAUACAGUAUCAUGUAAA